ACCCGUUAUACACACGAAGGUGGGUGUAAAAAGCUAAACCGGAUUUCAAACCCUUUUAUUCAUUGCAAUUUGGGAGCUACCUUCAGGUCCGGUUCAUACUUUCGCAUUGCUACUCCUGUAAAUCUUGAAUUUAGUGUUUUUAGGGCUCCGAGAGUCGUAAAGAUUGAAUCUUUAUUGUUUCUUAUGUGAAAUUGGGGUCAAGAUCUGUGAAUUAGAGCGUCGAAAGGUUGAAUUGCGGUGGUUUUGUGAUGUUUACUCCACCAAAGAAGAUUUGGUCGGGUUGGUCUCCAAGAACCGACCCGACCCGGAAGAGCGGUUCAGGGGGUGGUGAAGUUUCCAAGGGUAAGGAUGUUGUUUUUGAUGAGUCUACACCACAGAAUUUGAUGGGUCGGGUCGAAGAUAUGGGUUUGAAUGCUAAAUUGAUGAAGCUUGAAACUGAGCUGUUUGAUUACCAGUACAAUAUGGGGCUUCUUUUGAUUGAGAAAAAGGAAUGGACUUCUAAGUUUGAAGAACUUCAACAAGUAUAUACUGAAACAAAGGAUGCACUAAAACAAGAGCAAGAGGCACACUUGAUUGCAAUUUCUGAUGCGGAGAAGAGAGAAGAGAAUCUGACAAAGGCUCUGGGUGUUGAAAAGCAGUGUGUCCUUGAUUUAGAGAAGGCCUUGCGUGACAUGCGCUCAGAUUAUGCUGAAAUCAAGUUCACCUCCGACUCAAAGUUAGCUGAAGCUAGUGCUUUAAUUACUAAAGUCGAAGAGAAGUCUUUGGAGGUUGAAUCAAAAUUGCAUUCUGCUGAUGCCAAACUUGCUGAAUUGAGCAGAAAGGGUUCAGACAUUGAGAGGAAAUCGCAUGAGUUGGAGGCCAGAGAAAGUGCACUUCGAAGGGAACGGUUAGCGCUUAAUGCAGAACGAGAGGCACUCACUGAUAAUAUAUCUAGACAACGGGAAGACUUGCGAGAAUGGGAAAGAAAAUUACAAGAGGAUGAAGAGAGGUUGGCUGAGGUUCGUCGAUUGCUGAACCAGAGAGAGGAAAGGGCGAAUGAGAACGAUAGGCUAUAUCAGCAGAAACAAUCUGAACUUGAUGGCGAACAAAAAAAGAUUGAGAUAAUAAUGGUUUCUCUAAAAAAUAAAGAAGAUGAUAUAAGCAGCAGGAUUGCAAAAUUAAAUAUUAAAGAGAAGGCAACUGAUGCUGUGAAACAUAGCCUGGAGGUAAAAGAGAAAGAUCUGACUGAAUUUGAGCAAAAACUGAAUGCUAGAGAACAAUCUGAGAUUCAGAAACUUCUUGAUGAACAUAAAGCCAUUUUAGAGGUGAAGAAGCAAAGCUUUGAGAUGGAAAUGGACAAAAGGAAAAAUGAUUUUGAGAAUGAUUUGCAAAACAGGGCAGUUGAAGUCGAGAAGAAAGAGGUCGAAGUUAAGCAUUUAGAGGCUAAACUUGCAAAGCGAGAACAUGCUUUGGAUCAGAAACAUGAAAAACUAAAGGAGAAAGAACAGUAUCUUGCAUCAAAGUUACAAGACUUAAAUGAAAGAGAGAAAUCAAUGAAACUUGAGGAGAAUAAGAUUGAGGAUGAAAGAAAUCAGUUACUCUCGGAUAAACAGGAAAUGCUUUGUUUAAAGGCUGAGAUUGAGAAAGACAGGGCUAGCACUGAAGAGCAACGUUUAAAAUUAAGUGAGGAGAUUGAACGGUUAAAAAUAACAGAAGAAGAGAGGUUGGAACUUGCCCGCCUGCAGUCAGAAUUGAAGCAAGAGAUAGAAAACUGCAGACAUCAGAGGGAACUGCUUUUGAAGGAAGAAGACGAGCUAAAGCAGGAGAAAAUGAGGUUUGAAAAAGAAUGGGAAGAUCUGGAUGAGAGAAGAACUGCACUUAUGAAAGAUUUGAAAGAUAUUACUGUGCAGAAGGAAAAUUUUGAGAAGUUGAAACAUUCUGAAGAAGAUAGGUUGAACAAUAAGAAGCUAGAUACAGAGUCUUAUGUUCAGAAAGAGUUGGAUGCACUAAGACUGACUAAGGAUUCAUUUGCUGCUACCAUGGAGCAUGAGAAGGCAGUGCUUGCUGAGAGGACUAGUAGUGAGAAGAAACAAAUGCUUAAUGAUUUUGAGCUCUGGAAACGUGAACUAGAAACCAAGUUGUUUAAUGAAAGGGAAGACAUGGAGAAUGCUCUACGUUUGAGAGAAAAACAAUUUGACGAAGAGAGAGAGAAAGAACUUAACAACAUAAAUUACAUAAAGGAAGUAAUCUCAAAAGAAAGAGAAGAUAUAAAACUGGAAAGAUCAAGGAUAGCAAAGGAGAAACAAGAAAUAUUAAUGCAUCAGAAGCAUCUUGACGAGCAGCAUGUUGUAAUGCAGAAAGACAUUGGCCAGUUAGUUAGUCUUAGUGAAAAGUUGAAGGAUCAACGCGAACAAUUUUUCAAGGAAAGAGAGUGUUUUAUUAGGUUUGUUGAGAGUCAGAAAAGCUGCAAGAAUUGUGGGGAAAUGACUUCAGAAUUUGUCGUCUCAGAUCUUCAAUCUUUGGCAGAACUUGAAAAUUUGAAGGCCCUUUCAGUGCCACAAUUAGCUGAAAAUUAUUUAAGACAGGAUCUCCAGGGUACUCCUGACAAGAAUCUUAGCACUGUAACCCCGGGAGCAGUUGGUUUAGGUUCUCCAGCUUCUGGAGGAACCAAGUCCUGGCUUCAGAAAUGCACGUCAAAGAUUUUUAUUUUUUCUGCCAGCAAGAAAAAUAACUCCCCAGACCAGAAUACGUCAAGAAGGCUUCAUGUGGAAGCAUCACCAAAUAAACUAUUGAACACUGAAGUGAUUCCGGAACUUCCUUCUGGGGUUGCAGGAGAGACUCUUGAAAUGCAGAAUAUGCAAGUGAGCAACAGCAAUAGAGAGAUGGAAUCUAAUUUAAAUCUUUCGGGGACUGAACAGAGCAACAUAGAUAGCAAAGCACUUGACGUUGAAGAUUCACAGCAAUCUGAUGUAAGGGCAGGCAACCGUAAACCUGGAAAGAGAGCCAAGGGUAGAGUUCGUAGAAAACGCUCUGCGAAAGAAGUUGCCGAAGAAGCCAAAACUGUACUUGCGGACCCUAUUGAACUCAAUGAGAAUGAGCACAGCAAUGGUCUUGCAUCUGCUUAUACUAAUGAGAGCAGGGGAGACUCGAGUCUUGUUGGCAAAAGAACAAGAAACUCAAGGAAGCGAAACCCUUCACAGCCCUCUCAAAGUGCAGCAGGUGAUGUAGGUGCAGACAGUGAAGGACAUUCUGAUAGUGUGACAGCUGGAGGACGCCAGAAGAGGAGGCGUAAAGUUGUUCCAGCAGUACAGGCUCCAACUGGACGGUACAACCUAAGGCGACACAAAACUGCAGCUCCGCUGGUUGCUAAUGGAGCUUUAUCUGACCCUAACAAAGGGAAGGAGAAAGAAAUUGAUGAUGGUGGUGGUAUAGGUGAAGAGAUUCCUGAUGAAGUUGAUGGAAAUACGCACUUAGUGCAAGUGACGACACUAAAAAAAAGAAUCAAUGUGGUCAAUGAAUUUUCUUCAGCUGGGUUCCAUGGGAUUAAUGCAACAAGUGAGAGUCAGGAUAGGGAUGCUGCAAACCAACUAGUUAGUGAUACGAUGUUAAGUGAAGAAGUAAAUGGGACACCUGAACAAUCCAGAGGGUAUCAGAACCAAGGGGACACAAGUGGCGCAGAGGGGGAAGACGAAGAUGGUGAUGAGGUUGAGCAUCCUGGUGAAGUUUCUAUGAGGAAGAAAGUAUGGAAGUUCCUCACAACUUGAUGAAUUUCAAAUCUUAGUUUACAUUUUCUGGAAUUGGGAAUUAAAUUGGCAGCUUCUCAAGAGUGCCCGUCUGGAGUUCUAUUCUUUUUGUAUCGAAGAGCUCUGUGCUGUGUAGUAGUAGUGUUCAGUUGGUAGUUUGAAAUGUACUUAUAAUCACGGAAGUCUAAUACCUGACUGUAGCUUGUUUCUGUCUACUUCUGGAGUGUUUUCUUGUUUGAGUGAGGGUGUGCUGCUCAAUUGGCUGUCAUAACAUCAUUGUUACAGAAUUUUUAGUUAUAUGAAUAUGACCGGUGAAAGUCUUAUUGCUCAA